AUGAGGAAAGGCAAGAAUUUCAAAGAUGACCUGGAAUUCCUUUUACAAGGAGUUUCUGAGUUGGACAUUCAAGGCGAGGCUGUACCGUCUGAGAUAUUGGUGCAUGGUCCUUCAGCAUUUCCUAUUGGACUCACUCCAGAUGGAAAGGCAUUCCUUGCUGGGGCCUACUAUGGACAGGGCCGUUUAAUUGUGGCCAGCCAUGAAGUCUAUCUAGGCUGUGAAUCACUGUCCACUUUCAUGAUCAAUGCUGUCCUCUGGCUUCACAGAAAACCUAAUGGGGUUAUUGGAGUCUUACCUGAACUUAAGGAGGCCUACUCCCUGCUGAACAGUGUGGGACUACAGUGUGAGUUGACUGGGUUUAAGGAAAACCUAAGUGUUUUUGUCUGCACCUCCUACAAUGAUGCACAGUGUAAAGAGAUCCAGGAAUUUGUUGCUGGUGGUGGUGGCCUCCUGAUUGGGGGACAUGCUUGGUGGUGGGCCUAUUGUAAUCCUGGCUGCAAUGUGAUGACAGAUUGCCCUGGAAAUCGUAUCCUCAGCAAGAUGGGAUUGAGCCUCUCAGAUAAAACUGUGAAUGCUGGGAAGUACACGGCACCACAGGUGAAGCAACAUGGCAUUUCAUCUAUACAGAUGUAUAAUUUCCAGGAUUUGCUUCAGCAUUUUGCACAACAUGUGCUUCAUGGUCAGCAGCUGGGAGAUUAUGAACAGCAAUUCCUGAAGAGGCUUGGCAGUGACUGCGCCAAUUAUCUCCGCAUGCAGGCAUUUGACUGUGACAUGUAUAAGUCAGUAGUUGCACUUCUCACAGACAUAAUUAAGGCAGGAUUUCCACAGGUGUCUCCUACACGUCCUGUUAAAAGUGCAAAGGAUCACCUGCUCCUCCAGGUGGGGACAGAGUUAUUCAAGCUCUGCAAAGACACUGAUGAACUUCUGUCAUACCUCAUCGUAGAUACACCUAAACUACCAACUGUGUCCAAUGCAAGAGUCUGGAUCAGUGCUAACACAGCAGCUGAUGCAGAAUGGAUAAGUACAGGUCUGUAUCUUUCUCCUGGAAUGAAGACUAACAUUACAGUGCCUGGGACAAUUACAGGAAAGGGUUGGCAGGUGCAGAUCGGCUGUCAAACAGAUGACUUAAGCAGGGCAGAUGAACUGAAACGAGCUCCGGUGGUGUUUGUACGUUUCCCUUUGGAAAAAGAGAAUCUGCAAGUCUGGAAUCUGUGGGGAGGACUCAUAUACCUGAUCGCACCUCCUAGAAGUACAGUAUCUGAGAUGGAGGUCGUCAUACAGACAGCUGUAAAAGCACCGUACUACAAGUCUGGAGAGACCAGCGUAUCUGACUGGGUCGCUGAGAUCUGUAAAGCACCAGCACCUUGGGCAGAGCUGGAGUUUGAGAAUCUCAUCAUCACCUUGCCAUCUGACAUGAUACGACACCUGGACCGUCCACAUGAAGUGGCUGCUCUCUGGGAUUCCAUUAUGAGGAGUGUAGCUGACUUGGCUGCUAAGCCUGCAAAGUUUACCCGCAAGGAACGCUUCGUCGCUGAUGUUCAGAUCUCAGCUGGCUUUAUGCAUGCAGGUUACCCCAUUAUGAUGUACUCUACAUCCGCCCCUGACUUGGUGAAACCAUUUGCUGCUGGUAAAAGUGAUUUUUGGGGCCCGUUCCAUGAAUUGGGCCAUAACCAGCGACGCUCAGACUGGGAGUUCCCACCACACACUACUGAGUGCACCUGUAACCUGUGGUCUGUAUAUGUAUACGAGGUGGUGCUGGGUGUGAACAGGGCAAACGCUCAUGGGGCAAUGACAGCAGACGAACGACAGAGCCGAAUUAAGAGAUACAUCGAGGGAGGUCGACGUCUGGAGGACUGGAAUGUCUGGACAGCACUGGAGACUUACAUGCAGCUUCAAGAAAAGUUUGGCUGGGACGCCUUCAAGAAAGUCUUUGCAGCUUACCAUGACAUGAAGAACACUCCAACAGACAACAGUGGCAAGAUGAACCUGUACGCUGAGACCUUCUCCAAGGCGGUAAGGAGGAAUUUGGUCUCCUUCUUCAAAGCCUGGGGCUGGCCCAUCCAGCGCAGCACUGAAGAGAAGCUGUCCAGCCUGCCUGAAUGGAGUGACCAUCCUCUGGUCCAGUAUGAGUAG